AGGGGCAAGCUGGACAGAUGGAGGACGGCACCCAACACCUGGGACACUGCAUGGUUGACAUGAAGGAACUGAGCGCCAACCCUGAAGGACUGACCGCUGCUGGUGUUAUUCUUACACCCAAGCUGCCUCAGGUGGAGUUCAGCCUUGCCUGUAAUGAUCUGGUGGCCUCAGGCAGAGACAGGAAGCCCAAUGCUUUGGUCCAGGUGGCUGUCAUAGAUCCCCACAAGCAGCACCUCGUCUCUCAUGCCUGCACAGAGAUAGUGGAGGCGAACAAAGACCCGCUGUUUCUGACGGGGGUGACCUUCCCUUCAGAGUAUCCCGCUAGCCCGGAGACACUAGUCAAGCUGACUGUGUAUGAUGCAAAGGACAAGAGCCAGGAAUCAAGCAGCUUCCUGGGUUGUGCCACAUUUUCAGUGGGUGAUCUGCUGAGGGCUAAAGAUGAACGUCUGACCUUGAGUCUCAGGUCGUCUGAUGGUGUGUGCGCAGCGGGAACAGUGGUGGUGAGUCGUCUGAAGAUGGGGGAGAUGGAGGAGGUCGACGUGGACCACAUCACCACAGAAAUACCAUCGCAUAAGUGUCCCGUGGUUUGUGAGUCUGCGUCCCAUGCCUGCAUUGACAGAGAAAAUAAUCCGCUGACAGGGCCGGUGUUCAAGAACCCGGUGUGCAAGGUGUACAGAUUUCAGACGGUGGACAGCAAGUGGAUGCUGGUGCGGGAACAAAUGGAGGAGUGCACGUUGUCCUUUAGCAUCCCCAAACAGCUGCUCUCGCUGUAUAUUCAGGAGGACAUGAGCCGGGUGCAGGACCUGAGGGAGCUGGGGGAGCUGUCUCCUCACUGGGACAACUUAAGAAAAGAGGUGAUGACACGAUACGGAGGAAUCAUCAGCUCCUACCAGGAGACUUUGGCUGAACUGGACAAGAUCACCGGUCGUUCAUUCAAGCCAAGCUGCUGCAAAGCCCAGAAAUCUCUGGAGUUCAUCCCGAUUAACUUGCACACCCAGAGGAUGAGGGUGACGUGCCCCAGAAAAACAGAUGCUUUCUAUGACGUUGUCACUGUUGGUGCCCCUGCAGCCCACUUCCAGGGCUUCAAGUGUGGUGGUCUGCAGCGUCUCCUUAGCAGAUACGAAGCAGAGAAAAAGAGCUUCAGCACUGCCUACCAAUGUAUCUACUAUUCUCCAGAGCACACGGCCAAAGCUCAGGAGGUACUCAGCACCAUGAGCCUCCUCCAGCCCCUCAUCACAAGCUUAGCGGACCAGCUCCUCCAGGCUGCCCAGGAGCACUCUUCCCCUGGACUGAGGGAUGCACUCAAGAACCUUUCUGACAAGACAGAACAAUUUGUUCACACACUUAAGGACGAAUUGGUCAAGAGUGCGCUACUUGCGCUGCACGCUGCCCGGCCCGGGUACGUUUCCAAGAACCAGAAGCAAACCCCGGUGCAAGGAGGCCAACAUCAGGGCCACAUCCAUCAGGCCAGCGAGCAGAAUCAGAGCCCGGUCCAGGGGCUUCCAGGCCACAGUCCAGCCACGUCGGCCACUGAGAGCACAGCGGUGUGUAAUAAUGUGGAGGGAUCACAAACCACGACCAGAGGAGAGGCUGGGUCUUUGCCGCUGAAGCACCAAGACUCCAUACCGCACCAUAAAGAGUACGACGAGGAGGAAUGGGACAGGCUGUGGGCCAACGUGGCCAAAUGUCUCAACUGUGUGAUCGCCAUGGUGGAUAAACUCCAGGAGGAGGCCAACAGCAAGCAGGAGGCAGUCCCUGAGCAGCAGCUAGCGGACGUCAUCACCUCACACAACCCCGGUGACUGGAGGGAGCAGCUGCGUCCUCCGGUGGCCCGGCUAAAGGAGUGUGUGAUGGAGGUGGUGGAGAAGGCGAAGAGAGCCAUGACCUUUGUGCUCCUGCAGGAGGCAGCAUGCAGCAUUCCACAGGGUUUCCUCUUCCAACAGCGGCGAGACGUGGUCUUCAGUCAGGCACUCGCAGCUUUAGCCUGUGGUUUUGUCAUGAGGCUGUACGCAGGAAUGCAGGACAAAGGCUUCCUGAGGCAGCUCCACCUGGUCGGCCUGGUUGCCCAGUUUGAGAGCCUUCUCAGCACCUACAGUGAGGAGAUUGGGAUGCUGGAGGACAUGGAGGUUGGAAUCUCAGACCUGCAGAGAGUCGUGUUCCAGAUCACAGAGGCCAAGACAGAUGACCUCAGUGACCUCCAACCUGUAGUGUGUGGCCGACGAGACCACUUCAUUGUAGAAGUGCCAUUACCACGACUGGUUUUCCAGACCUUGCCAGUGGAGAUCAAGGAGGGCAAGCCUCUGCGAGUAUUCCCGGUGCUGUUUAACGUGGGCAUCAAUGAACAGCAAACUAUAGCUGAAAGGUUUGGAGACAUCUCUCUACAAGAAAGAAUAAACCAGAAGAACUUUGAGGUGUUAGAAGCCUAUUACAAAUCAUUAAGUGAAAAGGUGCCACUAGAAUGUCUACCGUGUUUUCAGACACAGACUGACAUAAAGGAAUUACUUGAAACCCUGGGCCAGAAUGUAGUCACAAAGAAGAGAAAGAAUGUGGAGAUACUGUGGAUUGCUGGAACGAUCUGCCGGAGGUUAAAUGGCAUCAGGUUUACCAGCUGUAAAAGUGCCAAAGACCGGACAUCCAUGUCUGUCACAUUAGAGCAGUGUGCCCUCCUCCGUGAUGAACACCAGCUCAGCAAGGAUUUCUUCAUCCGUGCUCUGGACUGUAUGCGAAGAGAAGGAUGUCGGAUUGAGAACGUUCAAAAGAAUAUUAGAUGCAGGAAAUAUGCCUUCAACAUGUUGCAGCUGAUGGCUUUUCCCAAGUGCUACCGACCACCGGAGGGGACGUACGGCAAAGUGGACUCAUGAGGACGGAAGCCACGUCCAGCAAAACCAGUCGGCAAACAUGAAAGCUUAGAAACAAUAAUGAAAAUGUAAAAUGUUUGUAACCAAAAACAUGUGCUGGAUGUUAUAUUUUGCUAAUUAAGUUUUGGUUGCUCUGCUGUGUUUGGGGGGGGGUAUUUGUGUUAUCUGUAAAGUUAAUGCACUUUCCAUAUCUGCCUUGUGUAUUUUUAAUGGCCUCAGCAGCGAUAAACAGUACAGCUGUGUAUGCAAACAAUAGUCUGUCCAUCAUCUGUGUGUGCGUGUGCGUGCGUGCGUGUGCGUGUGUGUGUGUGUGUGUGGUGUGUGCGUGCGUGUGUGUACAGUAUGUUAACGACCUUUUGAAGACCUCAGGCACUUCAACCUGCAUCUGUUUCCCCUCCAAAGGUCAUGAGAGAUCUCAGAGCUGAUGAAAGCUGAGCUGACUUUGCACGUGCGCUUAAAAGCUUUUUUAAAAAAAAAAAAAAAAAAAGGCGAGCGCGUGGACCUUUGAGUUGAGGCGAUUGUGAAAUGUACAGUUGCGGUAUAAACACUGCUUCCUGCAAGCCGUUCCCGGUCUCCGUCUAUGUUUGGAUGUGCGAGCCUCCCGGGGUGAAAGUGCCAGAUUCCAAACUGAAAGUAGGAGUUCAUCCGUUUCUGCAGAAUGUCCGAGCUGUCCGUGUUUAGGGUGUCACACAUCAUUCCCGUCUCUCUUGCAGACACGUUUUCAUUUUUUAAUUUGGACCGAUCUGUUCUGACAGAUGUAAGUAACGUGCCAGUAUUUCAGAGCGUACGUUGAACCCUGUUGAUUCUUCUUAAUGGUUGCGCCUGAUUUUUUCCCAUAGUAUUUUUCUGUCUCGAGGUACAGACCAGCGGAAACACAUGAAGUUCAGGUGGAAGCUAGAAUAGAAUACUGGACCAUCAUUUCUGAUUAUGAAAAAAUCCCAUUAUUUAUUUUUGUAUUCUCAAAUGAUUUUAUAUUCUAAGGGUUGACACCUUGGACUUCAAUGCAUGUUUAAAAUGUUUUUGUUGUUAUACGUUUAAAAUUGGCCAUUUGGAAUGAAAUAAAAUGGAUUAUGGUUAAA